UUUCAACCUGUAAGUAAACUGCAUUAAAAAUAUUUUCUCAUCAUUUAUUCACCCUCAUGUCAUUUAAAACCUGUAUAUUGAAUACAAAAUGUGGUAUACAAAAGAUAUUUUGAGAAACGUGUCAGUGGUUUUGUUCAUACAAUGGAAGUCAAUAGAGUCCAAUGUUGUUUGGUUACCGACAUUCUUCGAAAUAUCUUCUUUUGUGUUCUGCAGAAGAAAUAGUCACACAGGUUUGGAAUGAAAUGAGGGUGAAUAAAAGUCGACAUCCAAAGAUGCUUGCUUAGUGAUGAUCUUUGUGUCCAGCAGGUGGAGACUUUGGAGAUCUUUGUGGAGGAUGGAGGGUUCUGGUUGGCCAGGUGAAAACGAGCCCCCUGAAUCCCACGUCUACGAGGUGACGGUGGUCCAGAACACCACGGCCCCUCACAACCACCCGUUCGCGGACGUAGCCCUCCUGCAGACCUUCAAACCGCUCAUCAUACCCUGCUACGUUCUCGUGGUGCUGGUGGGCGUCUUCGGCAACUACCUUCUGAUCUACGUCAUCUGCCGCACGAGAAAGAUGCACAACGUCACCAACUUCUUCAUCGGCAACCUGGCCUUCUCGGACAUGCUGAUGUGCGUGACCUGCGUUCCCUUCACGCUGGCCUAUGCUUUCAGUCCCCACGGCUGGACCUUCGGACGCUUCAUGUGCUACCUGGUGUUCCUGAUCCAGCCGGUCACCGUAUACGUGUCCGUGUUCACUCUUACGGCCAUUGCAGUCGACAGGUACUACGCCACCGUGCACCCUUUGAAGAAGCGCACCUCAAUGGCGGCCUGUGGGUAUUUGCUAUCCGGAAUCUGGGUGCUGUCGUGCGUGUUAGUAGUGCCCGCCGUGGCCCACACGUAUCACGUGGAGUUCAAAGAGGAAGGUCUAACCAUCUGCGAGGAGUUUUGGUUAGGCCAGGAGACCCAGAGACUGAUCUACGCCUACAGCACGCUGCUCCUCACCUACAUCCUUCCUCUAUCGGCCGUCUGCGUGUCCUACCUGUGCAUCUCCGUCAAACUACGCAACUGCGUCGCCCCCGGGCACCGGACGCGAGACCAGGCCGAAGCCCAGCGCGCCCGGAAACGCAAGAUCUUCAGGUUAGUGGCUCUGGUCGUGGCCGCGUUUGGAGUCUGCUGGCUGCCCAUCCACGUCUUCAACGUGCUGCGUGACAUCGACAUCCUUCUCAUUAACAAGCGUCACUUCCUGUUGAUCCAGCUGUUGUGUCACCUGUGCGCGAUGAGCUCGUCCUGCUGCAAUCCCUUUCUGUACGCGUGGCUGCAUGACCGUUUUCGCUCGGAGCUCCGCAAGAUGUUCACGCGUCACCGUCGCAUCGGCAUUCCUACCAACCAAUGUGCCACAGCCAGCGUGGUACUGUGACCUUCAUGGUAGUGGUGGGAUUUACUGCGGAAACGUAAAAAAAAGGAAGUGCAAUUGAAUUCAUGUGGAAGGGAUAGUUCACCCCUAAAAUGAAAAUCAUCAUGUCAUUUCUCAAAAUAUCUUCUUUUGUGUUUAAAUGAAGAAAGAGUCACAUACAUGUUUUGAACGAUGUACGGGUGAAUGAAUGAUGACCAUUUUUGUAUUUUUGGUUGAACUAUCCCUUUAUUGGUCCAUUACAUGUAAAUAAUGUUGGAUUAUCAUUCCUGUUCAUCUCAUUGGCUGAAAUCUGCUCAUGAGCACAUCCAGCUACUUUUGAAUGGCAAUCAAUGAAGAGUGGAUUUUUGGCAGCAGAAUGAUUAGUUACUGCAUCUAACAGAACUGGAUUGCGGUCCAAUGUUCAUCCCCUUGGACUAACGGGAGUACACAGAGAUUGCAAAGAAUUGUGGGUAAACGUAAAAAUAUUAUUGAGCAAGUAAAAAGGGUCUAUUUUGAUUUUACGGUGUAUGUGUAAACAGUGACACCUUCUAUCAUUUGCUUUUUAAUUUCCACAUUUAUUUGACCUCUCUAAAAUGAUUUUUGGUGCAUAAUAAUUAAAGAUGUGUUCUGACAUUAAAUGGACUAAAGCGAUAUGUAUGUGCAAUAAAGAAAGAGUUUAAAGACUAAAUCUGAUCACAGAGCAAAAUAUUGCCAAGAAAAU